AUUUUGACAAUUUAAUUCACAGAUAUGACAAGUACUUGGACAGAAUGUUGGAUCGAGCGGAAUUACAUAUUGGUAUCACGUUCGAGGAGUUUCGACGCUUCUAUCAAUUUCUGAACAAUCUGGACGAUUUUUCGAUAGCGAUGCGAAUGUACACAUUAGCCGAUCAUCCUAUAUCCAAAGACGAAUUUCAACGCGCUGUAAAGAUAUGCACGGGAACGAUGCUUUCGACUCACAUAAUCGACACAGUCUUCGCGCUAUUCGAUGUAGAUGGAGACGGCCAACUCUCCUACAAGGAGUUUAUAGCAAUUAUGAAAGAUAGAUUGCAUAGAGGCUUUAAGUCUCAACAACGCAAUGAGGGAUGGGAGGCAUUCAAAUUCUGCGUGAAACAAGAAAUGAAAGCACCCUGAAGGAAAAAUCGCGAUGGAAUGUGAAUAGAAACGUGAAGGCACAAGGGCACUCGCUAAUUUACAAAAAUCUCAUAAAUACUGAAUAUUUUCCAAUAGCA